UUGUGAAUGUAAAAGAUUGAAAAUGAAGAAGCAUCUUAGUUUUCACGCAUAUCGGCUAUCUACUAUUUAGGAGGAGUUAAUUAAGAUAAUUUCAGUUUAUUAAAUGAAAUUAAACUAUUGCACAUAUGUUAUUUUGUUAAUGAAAAUAAGCAGUUUGCUAUUUUUGUAACGAUGGUGGCUGUGAUUAAAUUGGUUUCCAUGACACUGUAUGUGUGUACUAAUUUGUAAUGAAGUAAUGUGCACUUUUACCCAUAAAAAGUGCCAGGAACAGAAUUUUGUUAUUUUCGAUAAGUUAAAAAGAACAAUAAACAUAGUGCCACCGCCACCGCGGCCAAAAUGUCAGAAGAAACAACGUCAGAGAAAACACCAAAGCUUAGCAAUACAAACAACAGCGCGAUCAACGCAUGCAAAACUGACAUAAAAAUAUCUGCGGAAGGCGUAGCCAAACUGAAUUUUAGUUUUUUAGAUGAAAUGCAAGGGGACAGUAGCUUGGAACCGGGCGAGGUUAAAACACCUCCACAUGGUAGCUCAGUUAUAGAGCAAAACAUAAACUCACAGCUGUUAGAUGCAGAUUCAGAUAAGAUGUUGCGUAAGGAAUCGUUAGUUAAUUUAAAAAAAUCAACUUCGCUGUCAGACGCCGAAGUAUGUCAGGAGAAGGUACGUGCAAUACUGGAAAUAGACGCUAUUAAGAGGAAGGAAGAAGCAGAAAAUCGUAAAAAGUUGAAAGCAAAGGCCGUAGCAACUGAGGAUGCUUUAGAUAAAGAAACUAAAAAGAAAGCAAAGGAGGAGCGUAAAAAACUGAAAAAAAGACUCAAAAAAGAACAAGAGGAAGCACGACUUGCUCUUGAAAGCGACGAUGACAGCAGCGUCUGGAAGAGUGAAUUACUGAUGUCGAUGGAUGCAUUAAAAGCAAAUAAUAAGGGAAACACACUUGACAGUGAAACAUCAGCACGUUAUCCCACAGUAAUGCCAACACCACGACUUAUGUCUGGCGCCUAUGGCGAUGGGUUUAUGCCAUAUAGACCCAUGAUGGGACCUUUCAUACGUGGAAUGCGGCCAGAGUUUCAUAAUGUACGUGGUGCUUACCAUCCGCGACCUCGUGCGGCUGUGAGGGGUCAUCCACGUUUUAAUACAUUUCGGCCGCCUUUUUUCAAUAAUGCGCCAGUGCGACACCAUUUACCUCUAACUCGUCAGCAUACACCACCUCCAAUACGGGGGCAUUCACCAAUACUAGCGCCAGACUCAGAAUUGCUUUGGACAAAAAACAAGCCCUCUAUUUCAUAUGCAUUCAACAUUGAGAAAAGUAAAACACAAACAAUUGAUGUCAAUAAAAAAGAUGCAGUCGUCGAUGUAGCCAAAGAAACAUCAAAGCGUGUAAAAAAAGCAAAGAAGAAGGAAUCAAAAGCGAAGGUGAAAAGUAGUCGAAAGCUAAAAAAGAAACGAGGACAUAAAAAAAACAAACGCAAUGUUGAGAAAAUUCGUAAAACAUUAGAAAAGGCAAAGAAAAAAUCUCACCAGACGCUAGAGAAUAUCGAAAUUGUAACGCGGGAAACUGCAACGACGAUAACGCAGGAAAUAGCAACGACUACAACUCGUACAACGGAGUUACUAGCAGAGAUAGAAAAUGUGGUCAAAAACAUAAAAGUGGAAAAAUCUGAUUGUUAUCCAAAAGAUAUAGCAGCAACUUGUGUAAUUCCGAAACCAAUUACAAUAAAGAAAGAAGUGAUCGAUGAAAGUUAUGAGAUGGCAUCAACCGUAGCUGAUAAUAAUAAAAAUGAAAAUGAGCUGCAAGUUUUACCACAGCAGAAUAACAUUUCUGAGCAUAAUAUUGGGACAGAUACGCAGAAAGGGAAAGCUGUUGAUAUCCCCACUUCCUCCACAAAAAGCCAUACAGAUGACAUAAAAUCCUCGUUUGAUAUGUUUGCCGAUUCACCACCCGUUACACCCCCACCUGCUUCCAAAAAUAAAAAGAAAACAAGUGCUGAUAUCUCAACGUCAAAUAAAAGCGGUACUUCAGCAAAUCAAACUAACUGCGAAAAAACUUCUGAGUUGAAAUCAACUGUUGUUAAAAGUACCACACCACCACGAGAAUUGCUUAAAAAACACGUCACUUCUUCAACGGAAAAGUUGGUAUCAACCAAGACCAGGGAGUUGGAGAGAAAUGUACAAAAAGAUCGUAAACAGUCGCAGUCAAGUACAAAUAACUUAAGAGAAAGUGAAAAACGGUCUUCACCAAAAAUCACAGAAUUCGACAAAAGCUCGACAUUUGAUAUAGUAAAAGAUAAUAAUAAUAAAACUGCCAAAACUCGUGAAUAUAAAAAUCCAUUCAAGAACUGUUCACCUUCGUCACACCGUUCAUCAUCUCGUUCGCCGAAACGCCGUGAUAGGCGUGGCGAUAUGGAGAGAAAACGCUCAAUGAAUCGUUCAACUUCACCAUACAAUAAACGUAAUUCCUCAGCACAUCGUGAUCACGGGUUCGAUUUUGAAAAAAAACGCAAAUCACGUGCUCGUUCACCAAAAGAUGCUGGAAAUCGAUACCACAAACAUGAAUCGUCAACUUCAAAUCGUAGUGUUAGCUCGCGUACAUCGCUGGAAAGCAACACAGACUUAAAAGAUUCAAAACACCGUUCACGUGAAAGUCUUGAUAGCUCCAGAAAUUCAGGUUUAUCUAAAUCACGUUCUCCAAGAAGUUCUAUAUCGAAGAAUAGUGCACUUAAUUCAAAGCGGCACUCGGUUAGUAAUAGCAAUAUACAAAAACAAACUACACAACGUUCUCCUUCUAGAGAUAGUGCUCGGCGUUCUGGUGAUACUAAAAAAGAUGUUAAACGUUCAGUAUCGAAGGAGUCAUCAAAGAAUGAAAAAGACACAAAAAAACGGUAUGUAGCAGCAACUGAUAAACGUGAAGGUUCCCAUGACAAAUCUAAAAAAAUAAAAUUGGAAGAAUCGAAGUCAAAAAAAGUCUCGUCAACACCAAAAAAUGAACUGAAAGAUAAAGCUAGAGAGCGUGUUACGGACGCUCAAAAUAAAAAAACAAGUACUGUAAUACAAAAAAAUACGCCACUUUCUUUUACUCCUGAUGAAUUCCUUUUCCCUGAAGUACAUAACUCUGAUAUUAACAUUGAUGGGGAGGUUAUUCCAAAGAGCCUUAAUAAUUCGAAGUCGAAGGAUAAACAAUGCGAAGUAUCCAAUAAAAUGAUUAAAAGCACUGCCAGUGGGAAACGUUCCGACGACAAAAGUCCAGACACAGAUGAUUAUAUGGACAAUUGGGAAAAUGAAGAUCCUGAUACUGAUAUGAUUUCAAAUAUUACUGGAGAUAGUUCAACACCUAUUAUAUCAUCACAAGAAGAUAUUGAUGACAAACUUAUAACCCGCUUUGUAAACCCAAGCCCGCCGGCUAAUAUCUUACAAUCACAAACACAGUUAAAUGAAGCUAUCAGAAGUACCACACCGACAUCGUCACCGCCUAAUCAAAAUAUUAGCGGCAUUGAAAGCAUUGAAAAUACUACAAAUACAUCAACUGAACGUGGAAAUCAAUUAAAAAAUAAAUCUUCUGGUAUGCAGGAAAUUUAUGACCAGUUUAUAAAAAGUGUUGAAGACUCUGUGAACCAAAAACAACUUGAAUCAAAACAAGAUGAAUUAGAUUUAAAACCUGCACCUAAAUUAUAUGAAACUAAUACGAAAGAAAGAUGUACAUCGCCACCUCAUCUAUCAUCUUCUGAAUCAUCUGCGUCGUCUUCAACGUCGGAUAGCUCAAAUACAUCUGGUAGCAGUACAACAUCGACAGCAAAUAAUUCUUCAGACGAUAGUAAUGAUGGUAGUAACUUUGCUAACGAAUUUAAAUUGAAAAAUUAUUCGGAUAGUUCUACUAAGUCAACUUUUCGAGACACCGAAGUACCUAAAACUAGCUCGCCUAAGACUAGCUCGGCGUCCACGAGUAUAAAAUCUUGCAAUGAAAGUGCAGUUGAUACGCCUCCUGCUGUGUUAUCAGAGUCAAAAACUAAUUCGGUAUCGCCAUCACCAUCACUCCAACAAAUACAAAAUGUAAGUCCGGAAGCUUGCAGCACAAAUACGCCUGCAGCUUCGGUAGAUUUCAAAAAAUUGAAAAGUAUAGACACUAAUUUGGAUCGUAUACAAAAAAUGCGUGCCAAUUUUGAUUCUACAGAUGAAUUAUCUGGAGAACUGCUGAAAAUGGAAAGAAUAUUUAUACAAGAACGAUAUAUGAUUUUGCAAAAAUAUUUACCAAAAACAACUACGCAACCAAUACCAGCGGCGACUCCACAAGUUCAAAAUGUAGCACCAACAGUUGCACCCACAAGCACAGAUGCUUCUCUAAAACCUCCACUUCAAUUUGAGGCUUCGUCGGUAGAAAAUACACCAAGUUUCGUUAGUCCGCCUCUGAUUCCAAACAAAAUAUUUGAUAUAAAUCGUGAGAGCAUAAAAUUGACUAUAUCGCCAAUCAAACUCACAAAAGCUAACGUGAUUUUCAGUAAAGAUGAGAAUACACUUAAGAAACCUGCUGAAUCAACUGAAACAGAUGAAACAGAUUUUACAGAAAAACUUGUAAAGCCAGCUAAAGAAAUUGCCAUUGUAAAGCCUAUGAUGGAAACAAAACCAAUGCGUUCAAGCCACCAAAAAAAUAAUUCCAUGGCAAGUUAUGACCGUACUCGUUCACCAAGCAGAAAUAGAAAUCGGGAACGAGAACGUGAACGCGAACGCGACCGUGAUCGAGAUCGUGAUCGUGACCGCGAUCGUGACCGUGAUCGUUCUAAACGCUCAAUAUCACGACAAAGUUCACAACGUCGUAGUCAUGUACGUUCAUUAUCUCCUUCACCCCCAAGACGUUUUGGAGCAAGUGGUCGUCGCGGAGUACAAUACAACCGUGGCGGAAAUAGUCGCCGUUCACGUAGUUUAAGUCAUAGUCCCAAUAGGCGUAGACGAAGAAAUGUACAAUCCCGUGGGCCUUCAGAGUAUUCACCAGUUUCACCAAGAUCGCCAAAUUCACCAAAAUAUUCACCUUUGGGCCCAUCUAAAAUACGACGUCGUUCAUAUAGUAGGGAACGUUAUUCACGUUCUCCAUUACCAUUUAAACCACCAUCUCCACCAAUGAGACGUAGCUUCAGUCCAACAUCAACACGUCGUCGAUCGAGUCUUUCACCAACUCCAGGAUCACGUCGACAAAGAUCCAUUUCACGAUCUAUGUCACCGCGUGGACCCCGAUCGCCACGUUCGCCACCUUCAUUUGAACAUCGACGAGACAAAAAAAGUUAUCGGCGCUCAUUAUCACCAUUACAACAACGCUUUUAUGGACAAAGCUCGGACUCUGCUGCAUAUUGUUACGACGUACAGCCUGAUUCUCUCGAUGCAAGAAUUAAUCAUGCAUUAGACAAUAUAGUUACUGGCGAUGAGAAUAAUGUUGCCGCUGCACACACUUAUACUAAUUUUACAAAUUAUCCACAGUACCCUGGCACAGCUUACGUGCCUAUACCAAAUAAUACAAGUACCUACUAUGAAAAUCAGUAUAUGCCUAUACCUAGUGGUGGACCUGUACAGCAUUCUCUACAAACUCCUAACCAGAUUUACUCGAAUAUACCAACCAUUGAUAGCACGAGUCAUGGUCGACCAGUUCCGCACAUGCCAACACCAAACUAUAACUAUUAUAAUGAAUACGGUGAGCAAUUUCGUGUGCUAAGUCAAACUAAUUCCACACUUAAGGAACUGCCGAAGGCAACUGUUGCGGUGCAAAAAGGCAAUGUCUUGGAAAUCGUGCCGUCCAAUGAUCCGAUAGUGUGCACUACUGAAGUAAAAAUAAAGACAGAAGUAACCUCUCCAACAGAUAAUAAAGCUAAAGUAAAGAAUAAGCCGAAAGUGGUAAAGGAUUCCUGGGAGCAGGAGAAAAAUGAACGAAAGUCCGUUGUCGAUUCAUUACGAAUUCAGCGCAAUAAAAGUGGAGCUAUGGGUAGUAUUUUAAAGAAGGAUAAAUCGGAAGACGCUUCAGUUAAGCAAGAGAAAUCUUUUAAAAGAAAAGUUGUGUUCGAGGAUGGUAUAACCCCAAAUAACGACAGUGAUGAUGAAGAUCGAAUUCAUGUGGAGAAGAAAAUAUUGCGUAAAAUUCGUCGCAUUUAUAAGAAAACUGGUGUUAAGACGGAGUUGGGCGAUGCGUUUAUGAUUAUUAAUAAACAUAAAGAAGAAACAAAGAUAAAUUUGGCACUUGAAAAAGUACCACCACCUUCACCGCCGGAUACGGUUUCCGAAUUUGUGGAAGAAGCGAAGUAUUUGCGAGAUAUGUCUAACGUCAGGUUAUUCUACCACUAUGAUUCUGUCAUACAUUCAAUGUACAUAUCGCCACAUAUUGAUGCGUUGCCUCCUCGUCUUAAAGGACCUGACGCCAAAACUCCAAAUAUAACCCCGCCAGCAAGCACACCAUCGCCAAUUUCACAUAUUAAUCUUAAAAAGGAUUUACCGGUACACGCUUCCUUUAAUCGCUCUAACAGAACUGAACGUGCUUCACCAAAACUCUUGUCAAAUAUAAAACCACGCGAAAUGAAUGUACAUCAAAUUAGAGCAAAACCAUCUCCCGAAAUAAACCAAAAUAUAAGCGUACCUCCGCCGCAACCAGUGUCAGUUAUUAACACAACAGCAUCACAUCCACAUGUAGGCAAACUUUCAGGUACAUUCCAACCAGUUCCAGCUCCACAGUCACCACCAGUUUAUAGACAUCCAUUUAUACAACCUAUACGUUUUAUGCCUAUGCGAAUUAAUAACAACUUUAUGCGUAUGCCACCGAUACGCAGUCCACAUCCAUCUCCACAUUUAGUAACGCCACCAAUGCAUGAUGGCGCUAUACCAAUAAGGCCUCAUAACUUUAACUUACCACAACCUGUUGUGGGGCCACCUAAACCGGGCGUACCACCACCACAUGUGCUGCCUCAUCCACCCAAUGAACAGUAUUUUCCACAACAUAAUUAUUACAACACCCCGCCUCAACAUUAUCGUGGACCACCACCAAACUACUACAGGCAAGCACCAGCGCUGCCACCGCCGCCUUCGCCUCGACAUCCCAGUAUAGGCGGCAAUAAGGAAGGCGGUAAUAUUAUACCAACAUUAGGACACUAGACACUAAACACUAAACACAAAAAGCACCGAAGCAAGACAAAGGAAGAAAAUGAAAACAUUUCAUCCAACUCUGACUUUUUUUGUUUUGAAACCAAAUAUUUCAGUGGUCACAAAUACUCAGAAUGAAUUGUUGUAAAUAUGACACGGCUGCUUUGAACAAACUGACACAUUUGCUAUUUUGGCGUAGUGUGCUAAUAUUUAUAGUCACCAAAAACAUUUUUUUUAUUAUUUCACACAACAAUAAGAUUAGAUAUUCAUUCAGCAUCAGAGUGCAACAGUCGAUUGCAUCGAUUACCGAAAAAUCGGUAAGAAUAUAUAAUUAUUCUCUAUAACUUUUUAAUUAUAAUUAAAAAUUAAAAAGUUAUAAUUACUAUUUUUGCUGAAGAUAAUUGUCCGGAUUACCUGGUCUCGACCAAGUCGUUGAAAGAACGUGUGUGAAAUCUGUAUAUAAGGUUUAUAUUAAAAUUUUUUUAUUAUUAUUUUAAAUUUAAUUUUAUGUUUUGACAAAGUUAAUGUGUAAGAAGUUAGUUACAGUUAUAGUUAAGUAUAUUUAGAUCAUAUAAGAACUGUAGAA